AUGGAUACAAGUUUGUUUGUGCCGUAUGUGGAUGCGCGUGACACUGAGGUGGAUUAUGUGAAACUAGUGACACCAUGGGGAAAUAUAAAGCUGAAUAAAGGAUUUAUAAUGCAGCUGGCAUUUAGUGUAAUGGUCAUUGUGGUGACUGUGAUGCUAUGGCGAUGUUCCAUAAGACUUAACGCGACGCUUAAACAGAAGAUUGCGACUAAGGAGAGACUUGAUGAAGAUAAAGAGGAGGAGGAGGAGGAAGAGAUCGAAGAAGAAGAGGAAGAAGAAGAAAGUAUGGGAAUACCGGAUGAGAAAAUGGUCGAACAAGGAGAAAAUCGUUACUUCUAUACGCAUCAGCACCAAGAUGCCAUUGAUGGCAAGAAAAGGGUUACAGUAUCAUCCUAUGGCUGGAGUGAUAGCAAGAAAAUGGUUAGUAUUUACCUGACGGAUAAUGCUGUAAGGAACAUGAAGGAUGAGCAAUUGAAAGUGAACUGGACCAAUAUGUCGUUAUCAAUGGAUCUGUUCAACACAUCUGGUAGUGGUGACCUAGCCAAGAGCUUGGUGAUUUCAAAUUUGUUCCAGGAGAUCAUCGGAAAAUGGAAGAUCACAUUGAGUACGAUGAUGCCUUUUAUGAGUAAGAUUAGAAAUGGGAACCAAGUUGCUUCUUUUGUAUGCGUCCAAAAUCGGACAAUAGAGCAGAUAUACUGA